UUCCAGAUUAUCAAUAUCUAAAAUUUAUCAAAAAAUAAUUACAUUUAAAAAAGUUAUAAUUUAUCUCGUAUACCUUAAGUUUGACAAAAAAAUGGACAUCAUUUUUGAAUUUAGCUGCCAAAGGACAUAUCAUAUGCAUAAUAAUGUAUGAAAAUAAUAUAAAUCCAGGAAAAACAAAUAUAAUAUUGAAAUAAAUAGAUUGCUUGCUUAUCAUUGCUCCUAAGAGUAUAAUUCACGUUGGCUCAUUGUCUAUUCAUCAGGCAGUAUCUAAAUACUUAAUACAUCUACAUCAUAAAGGUUUUUUUUUCAUUUUUCUGAAAAUUAAUUUUUAGAAAAUUAUUUCCAAAAACAAUUUCUGAAAAUAAAUCGAAACAAUGAAUCUAGCUAAUGAAUAUUUGAAACAUUCAACUGGCAUUCAGUAUGUGGUGAUUACAUCCUUAUUGAAUGAAUUUGAGAACGAUGUUAGUAAAAUGAAGGGUACAAUUAUGGAUAUUGGAUGUGGGCCUGGUAACAAUACGAAAAAUUUAAUUUUACCAAAAAUAUCUAAUGAUGCAGUAAUUGUUGGAUUUGACAUCUUGAAGAAUAUGGUCGAUAGUGCUCGGAUUUUGAAUUCUGAUGAGAAACGGUUAACUUUCGAGCAAAUGAGUAUUGAAACAACUGAAUUGCCUUCGGAAUACAUUGAACGAUUCGAUCAUGGAAUUUCUUUCUUUUGUCUUCACUGGAUUGCAGAUUUAAAAUGUGCUUUUGAAAAUAUUUUCAAAAUGUUAAAACCAGGAGGAACUUUCCUAAGUCAACAUAUUUUGUUAUUUAACGGUUAUAAUGGUUAUUUGAAACUUUCUGAAAAUUCAAAAUAUAGAGAAUAUCUAAAGGAUGCUAGAAGAUACGUAACUCCUCUUUAUAUCAACGAUAAUCCCAGAGGAACUUUAGUAAAAUUAUUACAAGAAGUUGGUUUUCAAGUUUUACAUUGCAGUGUAAGGGAAAAAAUAACUGGAUAUAAAUCUCAAAAAGAUAGAAAAGAAUUAUUUGAGGCUGUUAAUCCUUUUGUAACACGAAUGCCAGACGAUGUAAAAAAUGAUUUCAUGGACAAUUUAAUUCAAGAAACAUUUAAGGAAGUACAUAUUAAAGGGACAUAUUCUUCAGGAAAAAAAUAA